AGUUUUCACAAAGGCUCACGGGUAAAUUCCAAUAUGGAAGAUAAACUUCAACGCUUUACCGUAGUUACAGCAGAAAGACAUUGCUUUCAUGCCACAUUUGUUAGGAAAGCGGUAUGAAGCAAAGAUUUAUCCCCAUGAAGAUAUAUUCCAACAUUUAGUAUGAGCUCUGAAGAAGAAGAGGCCUUGAUUGAGGCUGAAAUACAAAAACAGCUAGAUUUAAUUGAUGAAUUUGAGGCAAAUGAAACCAUAGAAGAUGGGGGUAUUGAAGAGGAUAUUACCAUUGCAGGAGAUGAGGUUGAGCAGAAGAGAAGACCUGAGCUUGAGGCACCUGAGUCACGGUUGGACUUCUUUACAAUAACAUCUGAAGUCGAAAAAGAACUGGAAGAAUGUGACGAGAUCCUGAAGGAAGCAGAUGAAAAGAAGAGAGAUGACUUUAGGGGCAUUUCAGUUGUGUUGGCAGAUCUUGCCAGUGAAGCAGGAGAAGAUCCUGAAGCUUUCAGANUGAUAAUGGGACAGGACAGAAGAGAUUUGAACAAGGGCCCACUUUAA